UAGCACAUUAAUCUGUUGAGGAUCUCUUCCAUUUUGACUCUUACUUCAGAUAACUGCGAUCUCCACAACUACCAUCUUUUAUUCACAAUCCCCCACCAGCAUCCUCUCUUCCCCUCAUUAUAUCAUUGACUAGCAGCCUUGUCUCUCGAUUUCGGGCCGAAUCAUCCACCCAAACCCUGCCGGUUCUUGGUAGCUCCAAUGCGACACCACAGUGCUUCCGCCAGAUAACCGCGACACCGGGGUUUCUGGAUGGAGACCCAUGGCUGCAACGUACAAUCGUACUUCCUCCGCUACGCCGACUCAGAACCGGGCCUUGGGCGACAGGCGGCCUUCCUCUAGCGUGGGCGAUGGCUCGACAGAUGGGAGCUGGCAUGACGAUGUAUCCGGAUCUCAGCGAAAUGCCUACCCGCGGUCUGUCGGGAGUACCACCAGUGCUCCACAGGUUUCCCUCGCUCCCUCCAGCAUCCGACCCGGGAGCUUCAGUUCGGAAUUAAGAGUCCCAAGCGUAUCGAGAAGUGCGACUCCAAAACCGGAUUCCGUGUAUAACUACCGAAGCAACGGCGCAGCCGACGAUGGAGAGCCUGCCACCUCAGAACAACGACAAGCCAUCAUUCGCGGAAAGCUGGAGAAAGAGCUCAAAAUCAGGAAUGGGACGGAGAACAUGCUGGAGGCGCUCUUGGCAAAGAAUCUGAAGCAGACAAAAGAACAAAGACUACGGGUCGAAUCUGAGCUGAGUUCAUCAAAUCGCAAAAUUGCACAGCUUCAACACGAGCUCGAGGAGGAACUACAGAGAGCGCACACUCCCGAUCCAUUGACUUUCAACCGCCCAUCGAGCCUAUUCGGCGUGCCAGUAGGCCGAUCCCCUUCGCGAGCUACUCAAACCACUGGCGACACCUUCGACGACGACGAGGAGGAUGAUGUCAGUGAGAGCGAGUCGCCCACGUUCGUCCUUGCUGAGACUCUUCAAGAGCUGGAGGUUGAGGGGAUGUCACCAGGAUAUUACGUUGAAAGGGCAAAUAACCUUGUGGAACUUUUCAAGCGCCAUCCGACUUUGAAGUAUGAUUUGAAAUGGUCUGUUUUUGGCCUGCGGAUUCAGGUGAUGUUGUUGAGCGAUAGUCGCCAAGUCGUGGCAGCUGGCUACAGACUAACACGCUACGCAAUUGCUGAUCGACACUCCAUCCAGAUAAUCAGAUCGUUUAAUACAGAUGCGCUGGCAAUCUGUUCGCUGGUCAAGGAGUCAAAGGCCAGCAUGGAGCGCGAGCAGGCGCUGAAAUUCAUUCGUGCCUUCCUGGAUGUUAAAGAUGGGGUUUAUGAAAUAUCACGGGCUGUCGUCCGCACGCUGGUAUCUCUUGCAGAGCAUAGGGACGAUCGCCUGAGGAGUAUAUGCAUUAUGACCUUGGCUGAGAUACUAGUAAAAGAUCCUGGGCUACUCGCUUCUGCCGGUGGAAUUGGGGUGUUAAACGAUGCAUUGUGCGAUGGUAGCUUUGCUGCAUCCGAUACUUUGGCCGCAAGCUUCAUCCACGCACUGGAUUCUCCCAGCACUAGGCAGUACCUUAGAUCAGGAUCGGAACUGGAUGGGGUGUUUGCUACCUUUACUGAGCCCAUGUCUGAAGCUGAAAGAAGCACCAGACUUAAUGCCUCUGCGAAGGCAAUUUCCACUAUGUUGAAGACUUGGCCAGGACUCCUGACGCUGGCUCAGAAUAAAUUCAUGCCUCUCAGAUCUCUGAUGGACUCCUUGGAAUGCCCAGAAGCUUCGGUACGACACGUAAUUCUUGAACUUCUCUUCGACGCUUUACGGAUCAAACCUCCUUCAUGGUCUUCAUCUUUCCUUGCUGGUCGGCGAUUAACCACAUACGGCAGAGCUGGGGUUGCGAGUGUAAGGGGCUCCGAGCAGGACUUCAAAUUUCACACAUUCUAUGAGCCGGAAGAUGGCGUAUUUGACCUCACUGCGCAUUUUGCAUCCUUAGUCCUUGCAAUGUUGAUCGAAGCUGGCUUGAUCAAGUCCCUAGCUGUCUUGGUUGAAGAUGAGCAGGACAUAGGCCUUAAACGGAAAGGCAUAUUGCUCCUAGCAGAGGUGCUAAAGCGUGCUUACCGCUCCCUACCGCAAUCGGUAUGCGCGCAUCUCCAGGUCCUCCCUGACAAUGUACCUUCACGAAUGGCGAACGAUAUGUAUGUUCAUCGUGUAUCCGCCUCGACUAUUUAUCAAAUGGAGAGCAUCAAUCGUACGAUGACACGAUCAACCUGGAUGUCAUCUGGGCCUGGGAAAUACAACCCAGAAGCGGAUAUAUCGGCUUCCUUUCUCAAUGCAGAACAAGGGAAGCCGAAACUAAGCCCAACCAUGGAUGAAGCUCAGUUCCGAACAGCCAUUAUGAGCACACAUGUACUGAACUCUGUGAAUUUUAUGAAGUGGAAAUGGGAUUUGAUCCACAACAUCAUUGAAGGCCCGCUGACCAACCCAAAACGUCUUGACGAAGCUAUUAAGGGAUCCAAAUUCAUGAAACGCCUUGUAGGCUUUUAUCGUCCCUUCAAGUAUAGAUUCUCAAUGAUCCGCAACACCAAGCCAAAUCAGCGCUACGUUAGGACCGGCUGUGCCUUAAUGCGAACAUUGAUCCAGACUCCUGAAGGGUCAAAGUAUCUCGCAGAGAAUAAAUUAUUAAGGCAAAUCGCGGAAUGCCUAGCUCAAGUGGAUCGAACGAGCGGCCUGACUUCCUCUUCACCUGUUUUCUCUCGGAAUCAGAUGAUGGAUACCCUAAGCUGGGGUUAUUUUGCAAUGUUGGGCACUUUAAGCAGCGAUCCGAAUGGGCUCCAUAUGAUGGAAAGAUGGCAUAUGCUCAAUAUGUUCUAUCACAUAGUUGAGUUGAACGAUCGGAGUGACCUCGUACAAGCAAUACUUGCCAAUAUGGAUUUCACACUAGACAGCCAGCUUCGGUUAAUGCUACUCAAAGCCUUGACAAUUGGCACGAAAGAUAUUCGCAUCUUCGCAACGCGGGUUUUGCGCAAGUAUGUUGUGGGUGGCGUGGAGCUUACGCCGGCUGUGGAAUGGAUUAUUAUGCUUCUUAUCUCCCAACUCUACGAUCCUGAUGUUGCCGUAUGUCAGAUCGCGAUGAAAGUUCUUGAAGAGGCUUGUAACCAGAGAGAUCUGCUCGAGUAUGUGGUCCAAUGUCGCCCAUCUCUUGACCAUCUCGGCGAAAUUGGGGCAUCUUUAUUGCUUCGAUUCCUUUCAUCUUCUGUCGGGUACCAUUACUUAGAUGGCCUCGACUUUGUCCAUCAAGAGAUGGAUGACUGGUUUCUCGGCAGAAAUGACGCAUAUGUUGGCUUGGUUGAAGCAUCACUAUGCCGAGCGUAUCUUGAUCAGCCCCGUCGGAACAGCUCAGUCAUUGAGGAUCUCGUAGAUAUGCACGAUACGGGCAGGGCGCCACCACACUUUUAUAGAGAACUGGCUCGCACUAAAGAAGGUUGCAGACUGUUGGCUGAUUCUGGUCAGUUUGACGAGUUCGUGGUUACAAUUCAAGACUACGAUAUACAGGAAGAAGACCCCGAGGUGCUGCAGAGGGUCAAGGGGGCAUUGUGGGCUGUUGGACACCUUGGGUCGAUGGAACUUAGUGCCCAAUUCUUCGAAGGAAGCCCUGUUUUUCAACUAAUCAUCAAGAUUGCGGAGCAUGCAGCUGUGCUGACUAUGAGGGGUACAGCUUUCUUUGUGCUGGGCCUUAUCUCGACUAGUAGACAUGGGCUUGAGAUGCUCAUUGAAGCUGGAUGGGAUGCUCCAGUGGACUACAAGGGUCAGUCUCUGGGUUCAUGUAUGCCUAUCAAUCUGGAAAGGAUGUAUAAGAUUUCCUUUGGCCCCGUUGGAUCCAAUUCCAAGGUGAACGGGACAGCAAACCAGAGAUACAAAUCCGCUGUGACCGAUUCGGAUCCGAUUAACCAAAAAAUCUUGAACCUUCUCGUGGAUAUGGGAAAUACGGUCCUUUCAAAGCGGGCGGCUGCCGACCUACAGAGCAUCAAAACAAAACAUCCAGAUCACUUUCGGCAAACACAGCUUUUUCGAAACACCUUAGUUAUCCUUGAAAGCCAUCAUUUUCGACUCCCCGCCCGCCGUUUUGCGCUAGACCUCUUCGAUAAGAGCGUGAUGGGGCGAAUUGUUUUAGAAGAUGAUUUAGAACUCGAUUCGGACAGUCUCGCAUCGGACUAGACUUCUUCACUGCCAUUUUGCCAUAUUCGUCUUUACGUAUGUAUUUUAUUUGAGGGUUCACGUCAUUGUUGCAUGCACGUCUUUUUUGUAACGAUGAUUUUCAGGUCGUCAGAUCAGAUUUCUUCUGGUUGCUUGUAUCUAUUGUACCUUAGCCCUGGCGGUUUGGCGUUUGGUGGCUUUUCGCGGGGAUUGUGGCCUUGGAGUGAUCAAGGGAUGGAAUGGUGUGAUGUAUGAAGCCUACGGAAACGAUAACGUUAUUUAUGCAUGCCUUCUCCGGGAUGAGGGAUGGGUCCUUCAAGGAUUUUGAGGAGUCGAUCAGAGGGAUAUCUUUCAUGGCUCCUGAAUACUUCCCGCUGUGUCACUGGACAGAUUUGAUGCGCUAUAGACCAAAUCUUUGUCAACUGAUGAAUGUAGUUAACACCAUCCUUCCAUUGGAAGGCUCUUGAGUAAAGAAUCAUGAGUUGCGCCA